AUGGCGGUACCGAAACGCUUCUUGCUGCUCGCAUCAGCAGCGUUUACCUGGUUUAGUCAGCGAUAUGCGCCUAUGGUUACUCUCUCCAAGGGCCCCAUGAAGAACACCACCGCAAUUUUUGCGAUAGCGCUAUUUGCGCAGAUUGUAUGGACUGUGAUUGUGUAUCCACUCUUUUUGAGUCCGUUGAGGGGUUUGCCUACACCGCCGGACUCGCAUUUCCUGCUUGGGCACUUUCGACGCAUCUACAAAGAUCCGACAGGUGAACCGCAAAGAGACUGGAUUGAUAAUGUGCCGAACGAUGGUGUGCUGUAUUACCGCUGGUUGUUCAACGAACCUAGAGUCUUGGUAACAAAUCCCAAGGCGAUUGGAGAGGUGCUUGUGCAUAGAAAUUACGAGUUUAUUAAACCGGAGAGAUUGAGGAAAGGGCUAGGAAGAUUGCUCGGUGUUGGGAUUCUGCUGGCUGAGGGCGAUGAACACAAGCGCCAACGAAAGCUACUCAUGCCUGCUUUCAACUUCCGACACGUCAAAGACUUGUACUCGAUAUUCUGGAGCAAAUCACAAGAACUUACGGAUAAGAUUUCCGAGACGAUCCAAAGUAGCCCUGACGGAUCGUCUGUCAUCGAAAUCGGCCACUGGGCUUCCCGUGCAACCCUCGACAUCAUCGGUGUCGCAGGAAUGGGUAAAGACUUUGACGCCAUCAGCAACCCCAACAACGAGCUCAACGAAACGUAUCGCACAAUCUUCGCCGGUGCUCGCGGUGCCCAGCUUGUUCAAGUCUUACUCAACCUACUUCCUCACUGGCUCGCCGUCAACUUGCCCUUAGAGCGCAACGACGUCAUCGGCAACGCCGUUGAAACCGUCAAGAAAGUAGCUCGCGAACUCAUCCGCAAUAAGCGGGAGAAGAUGGAAGCUGGGGAAGCAAAGGGGAUGGAUAUUUUGAGCGUAGCCAUGGAAUCCGGUGGUUUCUCCGACGAAGACCUAGUAAACCAACUCAUGACGUUCCUCGCAGCCGGCCACGAAACAACGGCUUCAGCCAUGUCAUGGGCUGUAUACUGUUUGUGCCAGUAUCCUGAUGUGCAGGCACGUUUACGAAAAGAGAUCCGCACCGAAUUGCCGGAGGCUUUGGAACCUGGUGGCCAAAUUUCUUCGACCGAGAUCGAUCGGUUACCGUACCUGAAUGCUGUUUUGCAGGAGACUAUGCGUAUCUUCCCUCCUGUGCCCCUCACUCUCCGCGAAACAGCACAUGAUACCACCAUCCAAAACCACUUCAUCCCCGCGGGUACCACCGUUGUAAUUUGUCCAUGGGCCAUCAACACUUCCACCCAUAUGUGGGGUUCAGAUGCUCGUUCCUUCAACCCAGACCGCUGGAUGCAGCCUGGUACCGCCAACACGGGUGGUGCGGAGUCGAACUACGCUAUCACGACUUUCUUGCACGGACCAAGGAGUUGUAUUGGAAGAGACUUUGCGAAAGCAGAGUUUGCUUGUCUGGUUGCGAGCCUGGUUGGUAAGUUUGAGAUUGAGUUUGAGGAACCAGGGCAUGUGGCGACCAUUCAAGGAGGCAUCACGGCGAGGCCUAAGGGUGGGUUGAAUGUUAGGCUUAGAGAUAUCAGUGGCGAGAAGGCAUAA